AUGAAGGAGUUCAUUCGUGAUAGUUUUGGUGGUAGGUUGAUCUACCAUUUAUCGAAACACAAGUAUUUCAAGUACCCUGAAGAAGAAGAAGACUAUGUCAUUCCAGAUAAAUAUUUGAAAGAUAUUAAACAAGAUUCACUCCAGGUUCAACAAGAUCCAUCUGGCGAUGAGAUGGAGAUGAAUGCUGCAUCGGAUUCAUCUGAUUCUAGUCUAAGUGAAAAGACAGUGGUUCCCCAUGACAAGUACAGCAACAGCAAUUACAUAUUUGUUGAAUGGGAUGGUGACGAUGACCCAGAAGAUCCUCGUAAUUGGACACUUUUCAAGAAGGGGUUCUUCAUAUUUGAAGUGGCAUUCUUAACUACAUCAGUAUACAUGGCAUCGGCGGUAUAUACUCCAGGUAUGGAACAACUUCAACAUGAUUUGUCAGUGGGGAAAGUUGUGGGUACAUUGGGUGUCUUUACAUUUGUUCUUGGUUAUGGUAUUGGUCCCAUCUUAUGGUCACCAAUCUCGGAAAAUGCCGCAGUGGGUAGAUCAUCAAUAUAUGCAUUGACUUUACUUGUAUUUGUCAUAUUACAAAUCCCUACUGCUUUAGUUGACAACAUUGCUGGGUUUUGUAUCCUUAGAUUCCUUGGUGGAUUUUUCGCUAGUCCGUGUUUGGCCACUGGUGGUGCUAGUGUAGGGGAAGUGACGAAAUUUUGGAACUUGCCCUUGUCGUUGGCAUUAUGGAGUAUAGGUGCUGUUUGCGGGCCAAGUUUGGGUCCAUUCUUUGGCGCUAUAUUGUCAGUUAAAGCUGGCUGGAGAUGGUGUUUUUGGUUUAUAUUGAUCAUAUCUGGGUUCUCAUUGGCAUUGUUGACUUUCUUCUUACCUGAGACCUAUGCGCCUACAUUGCUUGCUAGGAAGGCGAAAAGAUUGAGAGCUAGGACUGGUAAUGAUCGAAUUACUACCUUGGGGUUAUUGGAGAAUGAAGAGAGAACGAUGCAUCAAAUUUUGGUCGAGGCGCUUUGGCGUCCUAUAGAAGUUACUAUAUUGGAGCCAGUUGUAUUGUUGAUUGAUAUUUAUAUUGCCAUGGUUUACAGUGUGCUUUACUUGUUUUUCGAGGUAUUUCCCAUUUAUUUUAUUGAAGUUCGUGGGUUCACCAUUAUUGAAAUGGGAGUCUCAUAUUUGGCUAUUAUAAUUGGGGUUUUGAUCGCGGUAUCGAUAUACUUACCGGUUGUGCAUUAUCAAUUUACUAAACCAAUUUUGAAUAAUCAACCAGUAUACCCCGAAGUGUUCAUCCCCAUUGCUAUUGUUGGUGGAUGUUUAUUUGCUGCAGGAUUAUUUAUAUUUGGUUGGUCGGCAACGACAUAUACCCAUUGGAUUGGUCCGCUUUUUGGAGUUGCAACGACAACUUCAGGUGUGUUUUUAAUGUUUCAAACAUUGUUCAAUUAUAUGGGCGCAUCAUUCAAGCAUGAGUAUCUUGCAUCGGUAUUUGCGUCAAAUGAUUUAGUGAGAUCGACUAUUGCCUCGGUGUUUCCAAUUUUUGGCGCUGCGUUGUUUAAUAAUUUGAAAAUUGACAAGUUUCCUGUGGCUUGGGGUUCUAGUGUUUUGGGAUUCAUUGGUGCGGGAAUGGUCGCUAUACCAGUAUUAUUUUAUUUGAAUGGACCAAAAUUAAGAGCAAGAUCGAAAUAUGCAAAAUGA